AUCCAAAUCAAUCCAGAUCGCUAUAAAACCUUUACCACAUUACUAUAAUCAGAUUUAAUAUUUAUAUCAUAUUCUGGGUUUCUUUCUAAUCCAAACAGGUUUCCAUAAUCGGGCCUCCGCCUGCCAUACUAUACACUCCAAAAAGGAAGCUCCUAUUGUGCAUUUUGUUAAAUUAGUAUAAAUGUUAUAGUUAAUCUGAAUGACUCAUAGCAGAACAUCAUUUCCCCCUUCUUUUAACAUUGAAUAAAUUUCAAUUAAAGUCCUUUCUUUUAUAUCAUCCUCUUUGCUUGUGUUUUUCUCUUCUUCCCAUGUUUUUUCUCUAUCUCAAAAUCAAAUGGUGUCUGCAGGCCAACUUGUCCUUAUGAAGCAAAAUCAUCCAGUUCCUUAUCAUAAGUCCUUUGUCCAUUGAUAUCAACUCUUUUUUCCAAAAUCAAUUGAUUGUCCAACUGUGAGUUUACUUCUUCCACCUCAGUUAGCGGAGCACAAGCCUCUUAUGUGUAAACUGAUGUUUCACUUAGUCCUUGUCUUUUGCCUUGUCGAUACACAGAAAUCUCCUUUGAGCAAGCAAUUAUCUUCUCCGUAUUUUCCAAAAUUUUGUCCAAAAUAUACUUAUAAAUAAGAUCUACACCAAUUUCCUCCAUCUUUAUUAUAUUUCAAAUCCUUAUCCUUUUGAAGGAGACUAUAUUUAAAAAACAAUCACAAUAUCCAUCUCCUCCCAGUUUUCUUGUCUUUUUCCUUUGUACAAAAUGAAAGCCUUUCCAGCGAAGAAAAGAUAACAAAUACAAUAAAUAAAUUUGUCAAAGAGUGUCCCCCAGAAAAUAGUCAGAUGUUCAAUCCUUCCGGCCACCAUAAAAGCAAACAAUAUUCUCCAAAAAUUAUAAAAAACUUUCUUGAGGCUCCCAAUAUCCAAAAAUAAAAUCAACCAUUAAAACAAAAGUAGGUUUACUUUGUGCUUCUCUUUCCCCAUUUAAAAAGCUGCUUCACCAGAAAAGGGAAUAAUUCCAAGAAAAAAAAACUUUUCACAGGCGUAAAGAAAAUAGAGGUGAAAGGAAAGUCUCACCGAGUUCUCCAUGGUGGGUCCGUUUGCUUAGCUCAGCGGUUCUCAACCUGUGGGUCGCGACCCCAUUUGGGGUUGAACGACCGUUUCACAGGGGUCACCUAAGACCAUCGAAAAACACAUAUUUCCGAUGGUCUUAGGAACCAAGACACCGCUCCUCUAUCCAUCUCCAAGCAAGGGGAGAAGGAGGCAGAGGAAAGCCCAAGCAGAGAAGGAUCUGGCCCAGCGAGGGCGGAGCCAUGUUCGGGCGCUGCUUCUGGAGCUCACAGAUGCUGGCCCGGCUCUGGCGUGCUUCAGGGUAGAGGUUGUCUGCUGUGUUGCCGCUGGGAGCCUUAGCUGGCUAAAGCGCCUUUCAGAGAAAGAGCCCUGCUUUCCCCUGCAGGGUGACCCAGCCAGCAACGUCCCACUCUCGUCGUUUCAGGGAGGAGGGAGAGGAAGAAGAAGAAGAAGGCAUCUGCCCAGCAGGCUGCUACCUCUGCCUCCUCGCGAUGGAGAAGUGCUUUGAGGCAGAUGGCAGGUUAUAAAACUGACGCUCGGCUCAAAGGGGGGAUGGGCAGGCCUACGAAGCCACUGCUCCUCCGUGGGCAGACAGAUAGCUGGACGGCUAGGAAAGUUACCCAACUCUUCUGCUCUGGAGGAAGAAAACCAAGCUUCGAGAUCUCACGAGCAGGCGCGCAGACGCGACUGAGCUUGCAACAAGCCCGGCAAGCUUUACAUUAAGAUUCUGAUGGGUGAAAUGUCAAAAUAGUCCAUAACUCACUGAACCUGAACUGGCAGGUUGUGGUGGGCUUCUUUGGGAAAGAGAUGGGAGGCAGCGAGCACAGACAGGAGCAAAAGCCUUGCCCAUUGGAUGAAAGGUGGUUCAGAAGUGUUGGCUUGAUAGAGGUCAGUUGCUUUGAAGAACUGAAUCAAGAAGCAUAUCGUGUAUUGGAACUUCAAAUAGCCUGGUGUAGCAGGUCUUCCUUCCGCGCUUCCCAAGGCUGGCGUAGAAGUUUCCUGUCUUUCUCAAGAAAAUGAGGGCAGAUGGCAAAAAUGUGAUCCUAAGAAAUGUGGUGGUUAGCCUCAAUGUAAUGCUGUUGGCCAUCUUCAGACCCUUUGAAUGCCGCCUGGAAGUGAUGACAGAGAGAGUUAAAAAACAGGUGACUGAUGAAGAAGGCAGCUUUGCUAACUACACAUCCCCUGUCAAAGAGCAACCCAUGGUCUUCAGCCACAUAUACAACAUUAAUGUGCCUCUGGACAGCCUCUGCUCCUCAUCCCUAGAGGCUUCAUCUGACCCAGAGGUGAGUUCGGAAGAUGACCGGAUGACGGAAUACACCGAGCAGACCUCAGACAGUGAGAGCCAGGUCACCUUCACCCACAAGAUAAACCUCCCCAAACAGACUUGCAAGUGUGCCGCCUCCUCCCGGGACAUACAGGAGCUGCUGAGCAGGAUUGAGAUGCUGGAAAGGGAGGUGUCUAUACUCCGAGACCAAUGCAACUCCAAUUGCUGUCAAGAAAAUGCAGCCACAGGGCAGCUGGAUUACCUCCCCCAUUGCAGCAGUCAUGGUAACUUUAGCCUGGAAACCUGUGGGUGCAUCUGCGAUGAAGGCUGGGCUGGGAAGAAUUGCUCUGAGCCUCUCUGUCCCCUCGGCUGCUCUAGCCGGGGUGUGUGCAUUGAUGGCCAGUGUGUUUGCGACAGCGAUUAUAGUGGGGAGGAUUGCUCUGAGGCACAUUGCCCAACUGACUGCAGCUCCCGAGGACUCUGUGUGGACGGAGAAUGUAUCUGUGAAGAAGGCUUUGCUGGAGAAGACUGUAAUGAGCUUAGAUGCCCAGAGGACUGCUUGGGGAAAGGGAUCUGUGCCAAUGGGACUUGCAUCUGCCAAGAAGGCUACGUAGGGGAAGACUGUGGGCAGCUGAGGUGCCUCAACGCUUGCAGUGGGCGUGGAUUCUGCCAAGAAGGCCUGUGCUCUUGCGAGGAAGGUUACCAAGGACGGGAUUGUUCAGCAGUUGCUCCUCCAGAGAGUCUGCAAGUGGCUGCAGUCAGAGACCGAUCAAUUGACCUGGAAUGGGAUGGCCCAAUGGCUGUGACUGAAUAUGUCAUUUCCUACCAGCCAGCAGUGCCAGGGGGCCUGCAGCUCCAGCAGCGAGUGCCGGGCGACUGGACCACUGUCACUCUGAAGGAGUUGGAGCCAGGACUGACAUACAACAUCAGCAUCUAUGCUGUUAUCAGUGAAGUGCUCAGUGCCCCUCUUGGAGUCAAGGUAGCCACCCAACUCUCUACUCCACGAGGACUGCAGUUCAAAACUAUCACAGAGACCACUGUUGAGAUGGAAUGGGAACCCUUCUCUUUUCCCUUUGAUGGCUGGGAGAUCAGCUUCAUCCCCAAGGACAAUGAAGGGGGUGUGAUUGCUCAACUUCCCAGUAGUGUGACAACUUUCAAUCAGACCGGCCUGAAACCAGGUGAAGAGUACACAGUCAAUGUUGUAGCUCUCAAGGAACAAGCCCGAAGUUCACCCACUUCAGCCAGCGUUUCAACCUUAAUUGAUGGGCCAACUCAGAUUUUGGUUCGUGAUGUUUCUGACACUGUGGCCUUCGUUGAAUGGUCUCCACCCCGGGCUAAAGUAGACUAUAUUCUACUGAAAUAUGGCCUAGAGAAUGAGGAAGGAGGAAAGACCACUUUCCGGUUGCAGCCUCCACUGAGGCAGUAUUCCAUGCAAGCUUUACGACCUGGUUCCCCAUACGAAGUUUCUAUCUCAGCUAUCCGUGGUGCAAAUGAGAGCGAUGCUGCAAUCACUCACUUUGUAACAGAAAUUGAUGCUCCGAAGAAUUUACGCGUACUCUCUCGGACAUCAGACAGCCUAGGCCUUGAGUGGGACAACAGUGAGGCAGAAGUGGAAAACUUCAAAUUGGUAUAUAGCACCCUGGCUGGUGAGCAGUAUCACGAAGUUUUGGUGCCACGCAAUGCAGGUGCCAUAUCCAAAGCCACCCUUACUGAUUUGGUGCCAGGAACAGAAUAUGGAAUUGGAAUUUCAGCUACAAUGAAUAGUAAGCAGAGUGUUCCGGCCACCAUGAAUGCAAGAACUGAACUGGACAGCCCUCAUGACCUGAUUGUGACAGCUUCCACAGAAACAUCCAUCUCUGUGUCCUGGACCAAAGUCAAGGGUCCCAUUGAUCAUUAUCGGGUCAUCUUCAUGCAAGCUUCAGGAAUGGCAUCAGAGGUUACUGUCUCUAAAGAUAAGUCUGAGCUCACACUCACAGACUUAGAACCUGGGACUGAAUACACUAUCUCAGUCAUUGCUGAAAGAGGCCGACAGCAAAGCUUGGAAAGCACUGUGGAUGCCUUCACAGGAUUCCGACCAAUCACACAACUUCACUUUUCUCGUGUAACUUCCUCCAGUGUGAACAUCACUUGGAAUGACCCCUCACCUCCAGCAGAUAGGCUGAUACUGACCUACAGCCCCAAAGAUAAGAAGGAAACCAAGGAAGUGAUGCUGGACCCUACAAAGAGACAUGCUGCUUUGUCAGGUCUACAACCAUCCACAGAAUAUAUCAUGUCCCUGGUGGCUGUACAUGGCCUUGUCAGCUCUGAGCCAAUAGUUGGUUCAGUCACAACAGAGAUUGAUCCACCGAAGAACUUGACAAUUGUCAAUGUGACUACAGAAUCUGUGACUGUCCAUUGGGCACCUCCAAUUGCACCUUUUGACCACUAUAAGAUUUCCUGCAAAUCCGCCCAAGGGCGAAUUGACAGUAUAGUUGUUGCAAAAGACAUUACUGAAUAUACUCUCAACUACUUGCAGCCUUCAACUGAAUAUGAAAUCAGCCUAAAGAGUAUAAAGGGCAGAGAGGAAAGUGAAUCACUUUUAUAUACCAUGUAUACAGCCAUGGAUCAUCCAAAGAAUUUGAUUGCCAUAAACAUUACCCCAACAGAAACCUUGCUAAAGUGGGACCCGCCUGGCGUUGAAGCUGAAAAUUAUGUCAUUGUGCUUACCCAUGACAGUGUUGCCGGAGAAACUAUUUUGGUGGACAGGACCGAACAAGAAUAUAAGCUUAUCAAUUUGCUUCCCAGUACCAGCUAUAAGGUCACAAUGUAUGCUAUCAAUGGGCCUGUCACAAGCAGAACCAUCUACGCCAACUUUACUACUCUUUUGGAUCCGCCCUCAAAUCUGACGGCAAGUGAAGUGACUCGGCGAAGUGCUCUUCUUUCAUGGUUUCCUCCUGUAGCUGAGAUUGAGAACUACAUCAUGACAUACAGAUCUCCUGAUGGGAGCCGCAAGGAGCUGAUUGUGGAUGCAGAAGAUACUUGGAUCCGCCUAGAAGGUCUUUCUGAAAACACAGAGUACACUGUGCGCCUGCAAGCAGCUCAAGAUGCUAUGAGGAGUGGAUUUAUCUCCACCAUCUUCACUACAGGAGGCCGUGUGUUUAUGAAUCCUCAGGACUGUGCCCAGCAUUUGAUCAAUGGCGACAAUUUGAGUGGCAUUUACACCAUUUCCCUUAAUGGGGAUCUCAGCCAGAGAGUACAAGUAUACUGUGAUAUGACUACAGAUGGUGGUGGAUGGAUUGUCUUCCAGAGAAGACAGAAUGGACUGACUGAUUUCUUUCGCAAAUGGGCAGACUAUCGCAUUGGCUUUGGAAACCUGGAAGAUGAGUUCUGGCUGGGGCUAGAUAAUAUGCACAAGAUCACAUCACAAGGGCGCUAUGAACUGUGGAUAGAUAUGAGAGAUGGUCAAGAAACAGCUUAUGCCUAUUAUGACAAGUUUUCCAUUGGAGAUGCCAGGAGUCUCUACAAGCUCCGGAUAGGGGAAUAUAAUGGCACUGCUGGGGAUUCACUCAGCUAUCAUCAGGGACGUCCAUUUUCCACCAAAGACAGAGACAAUGAUGUUGCCGUUACAAACUGUGCUAUGUCAUACAAAGGGGCCUGGUGGUAUAAAAACUGCCAUCGAACUAACCUCAAUGGCAAAUAUGGCGAAUCCCGACACAGCCAGGGUAUUAACUGGUAUCAUUGGAAAGGACAUGAGUUCUCCAUACCUUUUGUGGAAAUGAAAAUGCGGCCGUAUAACCACCGCAACUCCCUGGGGAGGAAACGCCGAUCAGUGCAACUGUGAAAUGGCAGGAAUCCUUCGGGACAUGCAGUCCUUUCCUGUCAUGAAUUUGUAUUUUACAAUAUGAAAAGAACAAAAGUAAAACUGAGGUAGAAGCCUGCUCCAUGCUGAGGGCUGAGGAACACCAUGAUACCCCAGAGGGCUGACUAACGUUGAUAAAAGAACAACCAUAAUGCUUGCUAUCAUUCCUAGGAAACUAUUGGGCUCCUGCCCAGCCCCACUUCUUUCAGUUUUCAUUCCAUUCCUUCUUGAAAUUAUUAGUCAAUGGCUUUAUUUAAGGUCUUUGUCGUAACCCAGUUUCUGCUGUUGGUUAUGGCCACCAGAUCUGAGCAAAAAUACAAGUGAUCGCUAGAGGACAGAAAGAGUUAGCAUUUUCUCUCCCUCUUUUUUUGCGAUCCAGAUUUUUGCAAUCUAGAUCUCUUGGCCCUGCUCGGCCCUGUUGUAGAUGCUUUCUUUUAUAUGCAAGCCUGCUUUACCAGAGGGUACCGAGGGGGAGGUGCUCAAAGAGCUAUUUUUAAAGAUAUUUGGACCCGUGCAGCUGCAUGAUGGAAGCAGAAUUCUUCACAAUGAUGUCUAUUGAGUCAGCAUGAGGCCAUCUGCCAGGAAGAGGAGACAAAUUAUAGCUAUUUAUUUCAACUCAUGUCGAUCCCAUUUUUUCCCUGAGCAGGCAACAAAGAUAUACAUAGAGCCCCAUACACACACUUACGUAUACAAACAAACAUAUGCAUAUACACAUACACAAACAUAUACAUACACAUAAAUAAGCAUAUAUAAUUCCUAAAACAGUAACCUUCACAUUCAUAAAUCAGCUUAUAGAUAUGAGUGCUGCAGACAUACUCACUCUGAAUUCUGUUUGGAAGCAAAGUCCUCAUUUCUAGAUUGUUCUCACUCCAAAUUGUUUUGCCUUAUUUAUUAGAGGCUAAGUUAAGGAAAGGGAUUGGUGGAUUUCCCUGGCUUUGUUUCCCUUCCCACCCAGUGUCAUCACCAAUUAGUCUUCCUAGUAAGGAUGGAAUGAAUUAGGGCAAUUUUAGAAGGACGCCUAAAACAGUACAUUGAGCCAUCAAUCAAGUUUUCUGCCUAGCAAAUGGUUGGUGCUAAAGAGUGGGGAAUGGGGUAAAGCAGACAGGUGUUUCCCCAGUGUUCCUCAUAACUCCCUCCUCUGUGUCUAUGAUCUCUCAGCCCUCACCCAUGUUCAAAAGUAGCCCAGCUGACUCAUAAAAAGCAAAAAGGGUUGCACAGAGUGGAGAAGGGAACAGUAAUGAGUGAGAUCCAGUGAGUAAGAUUCAUCUUUAUCUAAUGCUGCAAAGGAGUGGUAGUGCUGGCAGCAAAUGGCCAAGGAGUACACUUCUGACAUCAUGAUAGGCACUGAAAAUUAGGUGGUAGUUGGGCACAGAGAACACACAACUGGAAUUGACCCACAUAUAAUAACAGCAUGUAAUCCAGCACUGUCAAAUCCAGAAUGGAAUGGGCAGAAUUACACAGCCAUCCCCACUGCCACCAGAGGCUACAUGAGGUUACAAGAACUGUGACUGCAGCAUAUCAGUCCCCAAAGGGCAAGGCAACAAUUGUAGCAUAUGUGCAUGUCCUCAGAAAUCAUAAAAACAGCAAAAACUGAAAAAUACACAAUAACUUUAAUUGAAAUCUUUUUUUUUUUUAGUAGAUAUAGGGGGGAAAGUCUGUAAUACAUCCAGUGAUGACUAGAGCUGGCAGAAAUCUGUUUCCCAGUUUAUAUUGAUCUUAUUUGCAGCACAGAACUAAUUCUCCUCCAAGAGACCACUACACCCAAGCUAUAAAAGAGGUUUAGCACUCUUGCACCAAACCAUAUUUACAAGGAGCCACUAAAAGAUCUGGCAAGCAGAAUAGAAAGUGCCAAUCCAGCAUUACAUUGAAAGAUGCUUACAACCAGAGCCAAAAUGGCCGUAGACAGCAGUGCUAAACAACUAUAGAAGAAGGGCUGUGCUCACUGCAGCCUAUAGUGAUUAGUAGGGGUUGGAGUGAUCUUGAUCUCAGCAACCAAAUGGUCAGUGAAGGGUGCCAGAAAGUAUCCAUGACAGAAACUGUCAGGAGAACAGAGAGGUCUAUUUUAAUACCAGAUGGGCAAAAUAUGGCAGAAAAAAAGGAGUAACCAAUGCUAUAACUUGGAGGAAAUGAAAGCAAGACUUAAAAGGGCAAAUUCUUUAUAUAAUUACUUGCAACUAUAUAGUUACAGCAUGACCACCAAAAGACAAAUAUUGUCCUCCUUUGUUGGGGAAUAUUGUUCACUUUUGAGAAUAAUCUAUGGAAGCUAAAUGUAGCUGUUUCUUUAUUUUCUUUAAGAGAGAGAAGCAGGUGGAAAUAGGAGUUAAGAGUUUAUCUGAACCAGCUUCUGGGACAUGUAUUUAUCCAGUGGUGGGAUUCAAAUAUGUGAACAACCAGUUCUCUGUGUGGAUGCCACUUCCAGAAGUCUAUUCUGGGCCUGGGCAACAAAAAUUAGCUACCAGUUCUGUCGAACUGGUGCAAACCGGCUGAAUCCCAUCACUGUAUUUCUCUUAACACAUUUUUCCCACAUACCUUCCCAGUCAAAUAUCUCCAGACUUCUUUCAGCCUAUGGCAGUUGCAGCCUCAGUCAUAAAAGCCUCCAUUUGUGUUUUUCUUUAAAAAUAAAAUCCCCAUAGUAUAAAUAAUAAAACCUUAACAUAGAUGUCUAUCUUUUCUAUCAUGGUCCAUGACCUGUCUUCCUUCAUAAUACCAAGUGGGGAGGGGGAAAUCCACACAUGUAUCUCUUAAACAUAGAAAACGGGCAUAAUAAAUUGGAGCUUAUCCUGCCCCAGAGCCUUGUGUGCAUAUAGGAUCUGUGGGUUGGUUAGGCAUAUAGGCACAUUCAAGUGAAUCUCCAUUUGUAGGUUGUACAAGUUUCAGUCUUUGUCCUUUUCUAUAAAACUGAAGUCUAAUUAGAUGGGCAGACCUUAAUCUAGUCCAUUUCAAACACUUGUGAAUUCUUCUACAUGCAUGUGCUGACCAAUUCCCUGAACUGGUUCUUGCCCCUGCCCAUAGCAGUUAACUGUAUCUCCUCCAUAACUGCAAAACUGAUCCAUUAACUCACAAACCAUUGUAUAAAUCACUGUACCCCCCACAUAGAAGUAUCUGUUCCCUCUUAACAUGAGUUUGUAUUAAAGAUUGUAACUGCAGAGUGAACCAACACAAGUUAGUGACAUUUUCGAAAACAUUUCAACAGAAUAUGCAUCUAUAAAUGACCUUUAGAAAUCAAAUAACAGAAUUUUAAAUAAAUAAACAGGAGCAUGGGAAACAUCUAAAUUAACAGCAAAGAUACUGAAGGUCAGUGAAUGAAUAUGUUCUUUUGAUUUGGCUGUGAGUUUAUUACUGUUGGGCAACAGCAUAACAGGUAAAAAAAGCCACUAUUGGGGAAAGAAGGAAGGAAGGAAGGAAGGAAGGAAGGAAGGAAGGAAGGAAGGAAGGAAGGAAGGAAGGAAGGAAGGAAGGAAGGAAUUUUUUUCAAAGAGUAGAAUAGCACACAACAACCAUCUAGUGAUGCAAUCAAGAAUAUAUGGCAUGGAAUCAAGGAAGGAACUGUCUCCCCUUUACUUUAGAUUAGGCAAACUACUUUAUGAGUCACUAGGUUUGCAUAACUGACCACAAGCAAGUAGGAACAGUAAAACUAUCAUACUCAUUGUUUUAGGGAACAUUUGUUCUAAAGCCCAGUACAGUGUAUGUAAUAAAAAAAGUAGAAACAUAAUCUAAUUUACAGAAACUUUUUAACUACCCUAUCUGCCCAGCAAGUUUUAGAUUUCAGAUGGAAUAUUGUAAUCCUUUGGUGUAUGUCAUCAUCAUCUCCAUCACCAUCAUCAUCCUCUAUUAAUCCAAUGAAUAUCAUUAGACUGGGUUCUUUCAAAUGGUUAGGUUUUACCAAGAGCCUAGAAAUCAUAGAAGUAUUGUCAUAUUAUGUAGAAAGUUCCCAGCAAGGUAUUUUGUUUUGUUUUGGCAAAGUCAAUGGUAUUAAGUCGUAUACAUUUAAAACCAUUACAUAUUUGGUGAAUUCUUUAAUAUGUCUCCAACAGUGCAAACAUUGGAUUUUUUUUCUUCCAAAGUCAUUCACUGCAAUUUGCAAAUCAUAUUAUUUUGUUACUUUUUCCAUUUGUUUUUCAAAUUUGUUCAACUAUCUCCUUUGAUUGCUACAUCUACAGAAUAUUUCUUCUUCUUAGUAAUAAUAAUGUGUUGCCUUUCAAGAGUGUACUGGUCUGUAUUUAUAAUUCACACAAUCCUGUCUUCAUUUUCUAAGGCUUUUUCAAGUUUAUGAUCCCAUAGUUUUUGUGAAACCAAAUGUUUUACAUAAAUUCCAGUGCAAAAUUUUUGCAACUCUUAUCAUGGCAUAGAUUAUAUACUCAAUUUGGCCUAGUUCUGCUAAGCCACUCAUAAGGUAUUCUUUGAUCUUACACAGUUAGUAAUUGCUAUCAUUUGAAAUAUGUUCAGUUUUGGCAUUAAUGAUUGCUUGCAUGCUGUGUUUUUGAGCUGCUGUAAUUAUUGUUCAGUUUCAUUUUAAGAAUUUCAGUUUUCAGUCACUGCCAACUCAAAUUUUGGUUUUAUUUUCUUUCAAUAUCAUACUGAGUAUGAAGAGGUUUAUAUUUCCAGGCAUUAAUUGGGUUUUACAAACUUCUACCAGUAGUGAUUUCUUUUUGUGCCUGAUAUAAUCAUUCAGGCCGUAUUUCUCUUCUACCAUUGUUUGCUUUACUUGGAGUAAUACCCUCCCACCUUUAUUUCUGCCAAUUCCACUUCCUUUGUGGAAAGCAUGAUUCAUGUUCAUUAAUUUUCUUGGUUGUUUUUUUUAAUCAAGUAUGUCUAAUUCAGCUUGAGCCCAAUCAAUUAUACCCACACUAUAUUGAAUAGCAAGAACAGCCCAAGUGUUUAUGGCUUUAAUUAUAUUCCCCAUGCUUAAUUUUGUUUUCAAUUUUUAAAACUUGUUUGAUAUAAUCAAAAUUAAUAUUUUUUUUAAUUUGCUCAAGUAGUAAGAAAGAAGCUUCCAUUAAUCCUAAUAUUUCAAACCUUCUUCUGAUGCCAAUUGUUCCAUGUCAUUUGUAUUAAUUAGCUAUAAUCAGUCUUCUUUAACAAUUUUUAAGGUGACCAACUUUUUUACAAUGAAAAGGAGGACACAAAUAAAUUGAAGAAAAAAAUAUUGUAAAUAAAAGAAACAUUUUAUUCAUUGCAACAAUAAUACAGACAACUUGCAUGUGCAA